AUGUACCCUCAAACCCAUCUUCACAUCGACACCACCAAAGAUGCCCCUUUCCCCGCAUUCGAUUUUCACCCUAACACGCUCUUAGAAAAGAAUCCAAAAUUGCUUCCACGUCCGAUUAGUAGGUUAAAGCAUCUGGGGUUGCUUGGUUUUCAAGUUGGUGCUAUAGAACAGAUUGAUGUAGCAUCUUUUCGUGUUUGCUACAAUUUGUGUUGUAUCAGUUGCUACAGUUCAGGCACGAUUGAAGUGAUCCGGCUCACAAGUCCUUCAUUUUCGUUUCAAAAGCACAAUGCUGCUCUUGUUAUACAGACUUUCUUUAAACGAUACCUGGCAAGGAGAGCUGUUGAGGCUCUUAAAGGAGUUCUGAAGCUACAAGCCCUGGUGAGAGGACACAAUGUAAGGAGGAGAACAAAGAUGAUAGUCAAGUGUAAGCAAGCACUGGUUUGUGUCCAAGCUCGAGUUUGUGACCAGCGCAGAAAGCUUUCAGAUGAAGGAAGCUUCGACUCCAACAUCUUUUGGGGGUCUCAUCUUGCAGACAACAACUCCAUUACAAGAGAAGAAAGUAGCAUCAACACGGAUGAGUGGGAUAGACGACAUGCAUGUAGAAUUGAGAUCUAA